GGGUCAGAGCCGGGGCUGUCUCUGGGUGACGGCGAGUGGCAUUUAGGUAAUUUAUGGGGCGAACUCUUGACGGGAGAUACAGUGGGACAGGUCCUCUGAAAUGACAGCACCACAGAAUUUAAAGUUCCUGACCCACUUCACCUCUGAUCCCCUGAAGACGACUGGCUCAUGGACUUCCAGCUUCCUCCUCCUUAAAACCUGCGGAAAAUCAUGCACUGAAAGAUUUUCUCACAAAUGGAGCCAACUGCCUCACACUUGAAGAUGAACAUCAAUGGUAGUACAACAAACUGGUUUGUUGGUGAUUCGGUUCUUGCACCCAUUUCUGGAGAUGGGAAGUUGUCAGAAGCCACAAUAAAGUCUAUUUCUACAGAUGAAAAUGGUGAAAACGUAGCUCUUUUAAGAUUUUCCAAUUUCAAUGAAGAGAUUGUGCCAAUUACAAGACUGCAAAAGAAAAAUAAAUGUGAACAUUGGAAGGGAUUUAUAUUUGAUGAUGAAGAUCUGGAGAAGCCUUUUUUCUAUGACAAACAGACUUUGGGGCCCAAGAUUUCUUUGAAAUUGUGUGAGGGAGGUAUAUAUGUUCCACAUACAAUUAACAGAUACUUGCGAGACUACCAAAGGGAUGGAAUACAGUUCAUCUGUAAACAUUACUUUCGUGGCAAUGGAUGUAUCCUUGGUGAUGACAUGGGACUUGGAAAGACUGUGCAGGUUAUUUCCUUUCUAGCAGCUGUACUUCAUAAAACAGGAACCCGAGAGGAUAUUGAAAAUAACAUGCCCGAGUUUGUACUGAAGACUAUGAGGAAGGAAUCUAAGGCUCUCAAUGACAAAAUUUUUCUGGUAAUUGCUCCUUUAUCCGUGUUAUAUAACUGGAAAAAUGAACUGGACGCUUGGGGUUAUUUUAGAGUGUAUAUCUUGCACGGUAACAAGAAAGACCACGCAUUCAGCUGCAUUCGAAGGAACAAGUGUGAAAUUGCCCUGUCUACUUAUGAAACAGUCCGCCUAUGUUUAGAUGAUAUCAACAGUAUUGAAUGGUCUGCAGUAUUUGUCGAUGAAGCCCACAAGAUAAAGAAUCCUAAAGCUCAGAUCACACAGGCUCUGAAAGCCCUGAAGUGUAAGGUUAGAAUUGGGUUAACUGGAACCAUUUUACAGAACAACAUGGAUGAGUUAUGGUGUGUCAUGGACUGGGCCAUUCCAGGCUGCCUGGGCAGCAGAGCUCGUUUUAAGGAAGAUUUUGGCAAUCCAAUUGAAUUCGGUCAGAGACACGGGGCAACUAAAAGAGAACUAGCUGUUGGAAGAAAAUCUGUCAGGCAGUUGGCAAAACACAUGUCCUUUUGGUUUCUGAGGCGCACCAAAUCUCUCAUCAGUGAUCAACUACCAAGAAAAGAAGACAGGGUGGUUUAUUGCUCUUUAACAGAGUUCCAGAAGUCUGUCUAUAAGGCAGUGUUGGAGACAGAAGAUAUAAAGUUGGUGAUGCGUGGCUGGGAUCCAUGUGAUUGCAACAGUGGCCGAAAAAGAAAAAAUUGCUGUUACAAGUGCAAUCGAGAAGGUUCCACAGUGCGACAAAUCUACUUUAGUUACCUGGCAGUUCUCCGUAAGAUUUCCAACCAUGUUGCACUCCUGCAGCCUAAUGAAAACACUAGUAAGAUGCAGCAAUCUACUGUCAGAGGAGUCUGCGAGCAUGUAUUUGGCAAGUUUCCAGAGUUUGUAGAGCAGAGUAAAGAAGCUGCUUUUGCAACUAUUUCUGAUCCAAAGUACAGUGGGAAAAUGAAGGUUCUUCAACGUCUUUUGGACCACUUUCGAAGAAACAAAGACAAAGUUCUGCUUUUUUCCUUCUCCACCAAGCUUUUGGAUGUGCUGGAGAGACACUGUAUGGCUACUGGGUUGGAUUAUCGACGACUUGAUGGGAAAACCAAGACAGAGGAGAGGGUCAAGAUAGUGAAGGAAUUCAACAGCUUGCAAGAUAUCAACAUUUGCUUAGUGUCCACAAUGGCUGGCGGUUUGGGACUGAAUUUUGUUGGUGCAAAUGUUGUUAUAAUGUUUGACCCAACAUGGAAUCCAGCUAAUGAUCUUCAAGCUAUUGACAGAGCUUAUCGCAUUGGUCAGUGCAGAAAUGUUCAAGUCUUUCGACUAAUUUCAUUGGGCACAGUUGAGGAAAUCAUGUACUUGCGCCAACUUUAUAAACAGCAACUGCACUGUGCUGCUGUCGGAAGUGAAAAUGCAAGGCGCUAUUUUAACGCGGUGCAAGGAUCAAAGGAGCACCUUGGGGAAAUAUUUGGAGUCCGGAAUAUUUUCAGCCUUCGAAUAGGGGGGUCCUGCUUGACUCGGGACAUCAUUCAGAGGGAGGGCCAAGUGGAAGCAGGAGUGAUGACAGCCAUUACACAGUUGAGAGAAGAACCUCCAGUGGAAAGACAGGAAGCAAUCACCGACGGAAAUACAGUUGAAGAAGUGAACCUGAACUUGUUGGUGCAGCCUAAUAAAGAAAACAGGGCAGCCUUGAGAAAGUCAGAACAAUUUUUUGACUUCAGCAGUGACAGCGAAACAGAGCCUUCAAUGAAGAAAACUAAAAUGGAUCCAGUAGAAAUCAAUCACCAUCGAGAUACUGGUGGACAGCUCACAUUAGUCCAAUGUGGAUUUGCCAGAUUUUUUGACAGGAAAGGAAGCAGUAGUGAGGAAUCCAGUGAAAGUGACGAUCAUUCUAAUAUUGAAAUAUUACAGAAGCAGAGCACAGGAACUGGCACAAGCUUGGGUGCUGCUGUGGCACAGGGAAAAGAUGGUUACUGGGGACAAGAUAGCCAUUUGAAUGCUCAAACAGUGAAAGGAGAUGGUGGGCAUUCUAAGCAGGCAAAGCACAACUACAGCUCUUCCACUGAAUCUAAAGGAAAGGCUGAGCCACCAAUUGACAUAGGAGCCAAUAACAGCAGAGAUGAGAAUAAUGUGGUCAGUACCUCAGGAGUGUUCAGACUAAAGAAAAAAAUGCUUGUCAAGAGGAAAUCUCAUCCUAGCUUCCUGUCUACAGAUUCUGAGGAUUCGAGCAAUGAAAAUAAUUCCAGUAAGAAAAAGGCUUUAUCAUCCAACAUUUCAGAUUGCCUUGGUGCAAAACCAUGCAUUGUUAAUGGUUCUCCCAAGAUAACACAGGGGAAAACCUUGAGUCAUGUGGCCAAACUGAAAACUCAGUUGAACGAGGAAGAGAGCAUCAGUGAUGAGUCAGACAAUAUCGAAAUAAGUACAGAGUCACCAGAUGUAAUGUCCAGUCCACCUGAUGACAGUGCUGAAGCAGGCAGGCGAAACGUUAAAAGUAAUUCUGGAGCCGUUGUUAAAAAAGUGACAGCUCAAUACAACAUAGACGAAUUUUCAUCCUCUGAAGAUGACAUUACCACGAAGAGGAGCAGAUUAAAUGCAAACGAUGAGAUCAGUAGAAAUAACAGGGGGAAAAAGUGCAAGAAAGUUCAGCUUGGAAUUCACAACAGGCCCAGUGAAAGUGCCAAAGAUCUAACUGUACCCAAGCACCGGAAACGGAGGCAAAGCCAUAUGGAGCAGUUGGCAUCAGUGAGCAAAUUGUUAGGCAAUGUAGAAGAAGUGGCUUUCAUUCACUCAAACCAGCGUGUGAUUGGAUCCAGCAAGGCUGAGAACCAAAUGACCCAUACUGCAAUUCGUGAUGUGUUUGAACUGAAGCAGUAUUCCCAGGUUCCUGCAAACAUCACCUGUCAUACAGUUCAGACAGACGGGAAGGGUCAACAAGCAGCUGGUACCAGCACCUUGAUUAGGGAUGCACCCACAGGAAUCUAUAGAAAGCAGCUGUCUGGCUUGGCCCCUGUGGAAAAUUUACCUGAGCAUGCUUUGAUCAACACCUCACAACAGCAGCUGAAAAUGCUGAGGGACUCCAGCCUGACCCAGUGUCCAAGGUCAAACAAUAUCCAGUCAGUCAGGCCCUCAGAAGCUGAACAUGAGGAUAAUGUCACAGUGCAAAGGUCAAAAGGCUAUGCAUCCACAGGCCAUUCUGACAGAAAGGCAAAUAAAACAAUUAAUUUUAUCUGUGGAGCAUCAGCUGGCAGGAUAAAAAGUUUAAGAAAAAAGAACCUGAAAGAAAUGACUCAAUGUUUUGAAAUGCAAGAUGAAGUUAAUUCACAAAAGCAUGAUUAUAUGUCAGGACAGCCUCAUAAAAAACAUUAUGUGAUGGCUGACAAAUCUGCUAGUGAUUUUGCUGAAGGCAUUGGCGACAGAAUCUCUAUGGGAUGUUCAAGUCCUUCAACUGCAGCAGUCUCAAAGAGUAGACUGGACGGGAGUGGGACAAGCUCCAAAGGGGCUGUGAAACCUCAGCAACAGCGUGAAGAGAGAGGACCACCAGCAGCCGAGCCAAAGGGCACGCCAGAUAACAACCACGAAAUAGCGCAACUCAAAACCGACUUCAUCACAGAGCUGCUUGGUGACACCUCCAUACUGGACCCAUUGUUCAACAGAAAGAAAAACCUUACAGCAAAGCCAAAGAAAGCUUCUGGGGAUGUGCCAAAAGGAAAAAGCAAACCUAAAGAUUUCUGGGAUUUUUUGAAUAAAAGUAGCGAAGAGUAUGCUACUACAUUAACAGAUUUUUCAGUGAUAGAAAGGUUAUGUGAAAGUGCACCUCUGAAGACAAAGGAAAAGGAAAAAGAAUGGGAUGGUUCCCUUUGGAAAAAGAAUGAAAAGUUUUUGUGGAAGAAAAUGUGAUCAAGAGAAUGGCUUUAGUGGCUCAACAUCUGGCACAUCGCUGGCAGGUUGCCAACUAUGGAAACAACUUUCAGACUUUCAAUGGGGAAACAAAGCAAAAACCUACAAAUGAAUAAUGUUUUAAUUUAUCUAAAUACAGUGACUGUAAAGAAAAAAUGCAGUAAUGGAUUUCUGCUUGUUUGUUUUACAAAAUUGAUAUAUAUACAUUUCAUAGAUUGGCAGAAGAAUGGUGAGGUAACAAUAUACUAUUGGAAGUAAGCCAUUCGUUGCAAUGUAAUUGAUACUUGAUUAACAUUAUUCUGAAAAACAGACUUGUUAUUUAACAUUUUCACUACAGUGGAUUCUGGUUAAUUGGGUCAUCGGUUAAUCAGGGCAGUUGCUUAUUUGGGACAACUUACUGAAGAACAAAAACUAAUUGAGAAACUAGCCAGGACUCCUUUCAUUUAUUUGGAUCACUCUGCCACUUAAUUGGGAUAGGAGAUUGUUGCCAUAAGACAAUUCAGAACUGUUUUGCUCAUUGUGGUUUCAAGCAUUCAGACUUGGAAAUGCCAAAUUUGAAGGUAUCAGCAAUUGUCUUGAAUGUUACCUUUGGUCCCCACCAGACACUCAGCUCUGACCAGUGGCUACAAGUAGCUGUUCGCAUGCGAUAGCAGUCAAACCCCAGUAUACCGUUUUGAAAGAUGAGGGUAGCCAGCAAGUGUUCUACCCUGGUGAGAUAGGGAUAUGCCUAUCCUAAUCUGGUAGUCUGGUGGUCUGUAGAGAGAUUCAACAGCCAGGAAAGCAGUCCUGCAACUCUAUGUGGAGAGUAAAGGGCUUGAUGAGGACAGAAGAAGCCACGGUCAUCCACUGCAACCAGGGAAGACCCCAGUUGCGAUAGCUCCUUGUACCACCGGACAUGGGCUUCUGAGGUCGAGCUCGUGGAACUGCCCCAGUGCAGCAGCUUUCCAUUUUACACACAGGUUACCAUCAUUGUUAGAUAGGACCGGUAGUAUUGGUAGUGUUCUAAUUUGUUCUGUAUUUCACUUAACUAUAUAAUUUGGUACUCAGCUAUACAGUACUUUCCCUUUUUUAUAUCCUUUUAACUCUAUCCACGAAAAUUCAGCUAAUGGGGCAGCUGCUUACUUGGGCCAAAAUGCCCUGGUCACAAUGUGUCCCAAUUAACUAGAAUCCACAGUAUAUGGGCGCACAGUCUAUUUUAUACAGGGACUUCUUAAUGAUUGUAUGUUACUUAAUGCUUAGAUUUGGAGAUGUGGUAGGGAAAUGCAGAUGGUUAUUCAGCCUAUCAAGUCUAUGGUAAUCUGGUUGUUCUUAUCAGUCAUUGAUUUUAAACCUGUGCGAAACAAUUAAUGCAUUGGUAUGAGAAAGAGUGUUUUUAGUUAAUAUGAUUACUUAUUUCCCUUUGAUAUUGAAAGGUUUCUAGUGCAGAACAUGAAGUCCUCUUAUAAGCAGACUGUGAACACCUAUGAAGAGGAGCACAGCUUUACUUGCCCAUCUCUGCUCUGUGUCCUGAAAAUUAUAUUUGGCUCACCACUGUCAACUUCUGGAGAGAGAAUUGCAGGUUUUCAUUUCUCUUUGCCACCUGGUAUCCUUUCACAAGGCCUAGUGUUGAGAUUAUGUUGCCUGUUCCGGAUAUCUUUAUUGGAGGAAAUUGUAGCUUUGAAAUUGGAUUGGAUGGCAUCUAUUUCCUUGGCACAAUACAUUCUAAAAUUGGAAUGAAUUAUAUUAGAGUUCAGAGAAAAUGUGAGCCAUACUCUGAUGUCAAUGCAGAAAUGUAUGGUUAGGUUGGGCAGGGGGUGCAUCUGUGCUCCUGGAGAAAUGCACGUUUGCAUUUAAAAUCUUUAGGCUGAGGGAUCUCCUCGUCUUAUCAUCUCUCUGCUCAUGUAGGAGAGCCACUCAUACAAUUCAGAGUUACUCAUGUGCAUCCCUUGCUCCUCGAAAACAGAAGCCUCCUUUUGAGAGCCUUGUCUGUCGAGAACAACAGUCUUCUCAAAGGUGAAAAGCACGAGGGGCAUCUUACUGUUGCUUAAGAGCAUCACGGUCCUCUCAGGUAUUGAGAGGCAUAUUGUGCUUGCCUUCAUCAGUCAGGAUGUGGAUUACAGGAGAUGAGACCUCAUGUUGCAACAGUGCAAGUUGUUGGUGAGACCACACUUGUUGCAUUAUGUGCAGUUCUAGUUGACCAGCUAUAGGGAAGAUGUCAUUCUGUACAGGGUGCAGAAGAGAUUCACAGGGAUGUUACUGGGACUAGAAGGAUUGAGUUAUAAGGAGAUGCUAGAUAGGCUGGGGUUUGUUUCCUCGAGCAUGGGUUGUUGAGGGGUGAUCUUGUAGAGAAUCAUGAGGGAUGGUCUUAAUCUUUUUCUCAGGGAACAGGAACUUUAGAAGACAGAUUUAAGGUGAGAAGGGGAAAAAAAUUAAAAGGGACAUACAAGUUGCCAGAAGAAGCUGUAGACUUGGGAAUAAUUACAAUGUUUAAAGGACAUUUAGACAUAUACAAUAGAAAAGAUUUAAAGCAGGGUUUCCCACCAUUGGGUCAGUGGACCUCAGGUUGGGAACUCCAGGUUCAGAGGGAUAUUGGCCAAAUCACACUAGCCUGGAUAGACAUCUUGGUCAGCACAGACUGAAGAGCAUAUUUCUGUGCUGUACUGUAUAACUAUGACACUUACUGUUGUUCCUAUAGAAUUUCAAAAUACACUGUGGCCUUUGCCUCUGUAUCAGCUCCCACCUGUCUGUGCCAGUAGUCCAUGUGUAGUGAUGUUAUCACCAAGUCCUACAGACAGGUAAAGAUGGCUUCCAGAGCAAAGUUCAUGGUCUCCUGGGUCCGCAAAGCCCCUUGCGAGAUUUUAGUGUUGAUCUCCUUCAUGCAGUUUAUCACCUUCUGCAUUUGGAGAGACGAGCCAGUAAACUCACUAACUGUCCAGCUGUGCAUUUGCACCAGCCUUGUCAUUGGAAACAUCUGAGUCCUCUGCAACAGAACAGAUGCAUGGAUUAACACCAACCCUUAAAUGUUUCCCACACCUGUUGCUAGGCCACUGCAUACUGAUGUCUAGUUUAUCUCCUCACAACACUGUCUGUUUCAAACAGUCUUUUCAUUCUUCACAGAACCAGCAGCUGGGAUUUUGCUAUGGGCUGCCAGGCACAAGGAUGCAUAAUGGUCUGUAUCCUCAACAUUGUCAUUUUCCCAUCCCCACUGCCCCCCCUCCCGCCUACCCAAUCCAUGAUCACCUCUCCCCACUCUCUCUGAUCCUCUCUCAUGCUUUGCCUGCUCCUCAAGCUCAGAGUGAUUAGAUUCUGAGAAGAGUGAAACAGGAGAAGCUCUCCUAAUAGGCUACGGUGACAAAGCAGAAAAUAGUUACCCUUGUAGAGUACACUGAAAAUGUUUUUGUGAUUAUGCUGCAGGACAGGUAAUAUUUGGGGGUUUGGGGCAGGAGAUGAAGAAGGUAUAUUCUGUCAAUCAUAUCAAAGAAGACUUUCAUCACAAUGAGUGGUGCAUUUAUAUAGAAAUAUGAAUGAAUAUCAUGUAUUUAUGAUGUACUAUGUUUGACUUAGCACAUUUUUAACACGAAGACUAAACAUAUUCUGAAGAUUG